AUGUCCAACUGUAAUAUUACCGUGUCUGAGAUGGUUGAUCCUGUGGCAAAAGACAAGGGAUCUGGUUACAGUAAGGCUAAAACGCGGUCGAGUAAUGUAACAUUCAGACCGCCUGUGACCCACGAUAUGGUGCGUUCGCUUUUUGAUCCAACUUUAAAGAAAUCUUUACUGGAGAAAUGUAUUGCACUCGCCAUUCUAUCAAAUUUUUUUAUUUGUUACUGGUCUUAUCAGAGAUUUGGCAUCCAGUUUACAAAGUAUUUUUUUCUUUUGCAAUAUAUGUUCUGGAGAAUAGCCUAUAAUCUGGGUAUUGGUCUUGUGCUACAUUACCAGUCCCAUUAUGAAACUUUAACAAACACUGCUAAAACCCAUGCGAUUUUUAGUAAGGAGACGCCGCAGACACAACAUGGCAGUUCAGGUUUCUCAACAAACUCUAAUGCGUUCUCAGAAAAGUUCUGGAAUUUUAUCAGAAAAUUCUCUCAGUAUGAGAUCAGGUCAAAAAUGCCAAAAGAAUAUGAUUUAUUCGCUUAUCCAGAAGAAAUCAACGUUUGGUUGAUUUUCCGUCAAUUUGUUGAUUUGAUCUUGAUGCAAGAUUUUGUAACUUACAUCACUUACGUUUACCUUUCCAUCCCAUACAACUGGGUUCAAAUCUGCAAUUGGAGAUCUCUAUUUGGUGUCAUUUUGAUCCUAUUUAAUAUUUGGGUCAAAUUGGAUGCGCAUCGUGUUGUUAAGGAUUAUGCUUGGUACUGGGGUGAUUUCUUCUUCUUAGAAGAAUCAGAAUUAAUUUUUGACGGUGUUUUCAAUAUCUCCCCUCAUCCAAUGUAUUCCAUUGGUUAUUUGGGUUACUAUGGUCUAUCGUUGAUUUGCAAUGACUACAGAGUUCUUUUGGUGUCCGUAUUUGGCCAUUAUUCACAAUUUCUAUUUUUGAAGUACGUAGAGAAUCCUCACAUAGAAAGAACCUAUGGCGAUGACUUUGGUUCCGAAUCUCAAGUAAACGGUAGAAUUGAUGAUUUGAUUUCAAAGGAGAAUUACGACUACUCAAGACCACUAAUCAACAUGGGAUUUUCGUUUAACAAUUUUAACAAGCUAAGAUUUACCGACUAUUUCACUAUUGGUACUGUAGUGGCGCUCACCUUGGGAGCAAUCCUAAAUGUAAAUUCCAUUAAUUUGAAUUAUUUGUUCAUUACCGUUUUUAUAAUAAAAUCGGUUUCCUGGCUAUUUAUCUCCACUAUACUGUAUAAACAAUCUAAGACCAAAUGGUUUACAAGAUUGUUUUUAGAAAACGGGUACACUCAAGUGCAUUCGUAUGAACAAUGGCAAUUCAUUUACAAUUAUUAUUUGGUGUUAACAUACACACUGAUGACAAUUCAAACUGGCCUUCAAAUGUGGAGUAACUACUCGAGCAUAAAUAACAGUCAAAUAAUCUUUGGUUUGAUUCUUGUAGCUUUACAAACCUGGUGUGAUAAAGAAACUAGGCUAGCCAUUUCUGAUUUCGGUUGGUUUUAUGGUGAUUUCUUCUUAAGUAACUACAUCUCGACCAGAAAGCUAACUUCCCAAGGUAUCUAUAGAUACUUAAACAACCCUGAAGCAGUUUUGGGAAUUGUCGGUAUUUGGGGUACCGUGCUGAUGACAAAUUUUGCUGUACCAAAUAUAAUCUUAGCUGUUUUGUGGACUUUAACAAACUUCAUUCUAGUCAAGUUCAUUGAAACUCCUCAUGUCAAUAAAAUUUACGGUGAGACUAAACGCGUUAGUGGUGUUGGAAAAACUCUGUUGGGCUUGAAGCCUUUGAAACAAGUUUCAGAUAUUGUCCAUAGAAUCGAAAAUAUCAUCGUUAAAUCUCUAAUCGACGAAAGCAAAAAGCCCAAUAGUGAGGCAGAACUCUUACCUAAAAACUAUCGAGAAAAUAAGGAUUGGAGCGCCUUGAUCCAAGACGCAAUGGACAGCGUUGCGACAAGGUUGAGUCCGUACUGUGAAUUGAACAUUGAAAAUGAAGUCACCGAAAAUAAUUUUGUGUCGCCUGAACCAAUAACUUUAAACUGGAAACUGCCUAUCGAACUUUAUAAUGAAGACGAUUGGAUCGGGCUGUAUAAAGUCAUCGAUACAAGGGCUGACCGUGAAAAAACAAAAGUUGGUUCAGGUGGUCACUGGAGUGCGACUUUCAAAACCUCAUACAUGAACCACGGCUUGAGACAUAAAGAAUCUAUCACAGAUUUCAAGGUAAAUGAAAAGUACGUUCAAGGCAAAAUAACAUUUGAUACAUCUUUACUGUUCUUUGAAAAUAGUAUCUACGAAUUUAGGUAUCACUCCGGAAACUCCCAUAAGGUUCUAUUGAUUUCUACACCAUUUGAAAUCUCGUUGCCGGUAUUGAACACUGAAACGUGUGAACUUUUUGAAAAGGACUUAACUGAGUUUUUGACCAAAGUAAAUGUUUUGAAGGACGGUAAAUUUUAUCCUCUAGGCAAUAAGUUCUUCGGAAUGGACUGCUUGAAACAGUUGAUAAAAAUCUCGAUUGGCGUUGAGCUUUCUACUGAAUAUAUAAAGAGAGUGAACGGUGAUGCUAACGUUAUCUCGCAUAGGGCCUGGAGUAUAAAGCAAACGCUUGAUAGUCUUGCAUGA